AUGAAGUGCGUCCUGUUCGCCCUGGCUCUUGUGUGUGCUGCCCAGGCCAUCUAUGUCCCCCAGCCCAUGAAGGACAUGGACGUGAGAAAGCUGGCCGGGAAAUGGCACACCAUGGCCAUGGCCUCCAAUGACAUGUCCCUCCUGAACUCCGAGGAGGCCCCCAUGAAAGUGUUCAUCAAUAAGCUGACAGCCACCCCAGAAGGCAACAUGGAAGUCACCCUUAGCAAAUGGGUCAACCACAAAUGCGUGGAGAUCACCAUCUUGGCUCAGAAGACUCAGGACCCCGCUGUGUUCAUGAUAGACUAUGAAGGGCAGAAGAUCACUGUCACCGUGGUGGACACAGACAUCAUCCACUACAUGUACUUCUGUAUGAACAUCCCCAUGCCCUCUGCCAAGCAGGCCACCGUGUGCCAGUACACGUCCAGGACCAUGGACCCCAGCGAAGAGUACCUGAAGAAAUUUGACAAAGUUCUUGAAGCCCAGCCCAUGGAAAUCCAGAUCUAUCUGAACCUGGCCAAGGCAGAUGGAAUCACCAAAGGUGAAGAGGACCCCCUGACCAAGGCCACGAGCAUGGAUUUUGGAAGAAGCAUUAUGUGA